AUGGACUUUGUAUUUGAUGGGUUAGAUGCUCUUAAGGGCAAAAAGAGGACUACUUAUAAGAAAGUUACAGAUGGUGAUGUAGAAGAUGAACCAAAAAUUUCAGAAUUUAAUAUAGAAUUGCCAGGUCUUGGUCAAAGUAUUUUGUUUAAUAAUUCAAAAUUAAAACAAAUUAGAAAUAGAUUAGAAGGCAAUAAUAACGAUAGUGAGAAUGAUAGUUCACAAGCAGAAACCCAAGUAAUAGCUGAUACUCAAAUAAUUUCAAAUUUAUACGAAGGUGGUGAAGAUUUAGAAGAAAAAGAAGAGAGACGAUUCUUACAGAGAACUCAAAUAGUAGAAGAUCAUACACAAAUUAUCGAUGCUUCAGUUACAUAUAGCAGUAAGACAAUUGAGUCUAAUAAAAUGGACAACACUCAAAAAUAUAUUAACGCCUCUGAUUCAGAACCUACACAAAUUCAAAUAUCGAAAGUAGAUAAAUUAUUAAAAAUUACAGAUAAUCUUGAUAGCCAGAAGAAAGUACUUGAUACUACUUUAGAAACUCAGGAGUUGGAGACACAAUAUGGCAAGACUCAAGUCGAUAAGACUCAAGUUGAUAAGACGCAAGUUGAUAAGACACAGAUUUUUCCAACACUAGUUGCAGACGAUGAAAUUAAACAUUCUUCUACAGCAGUACAAACAGUAGAUGAUAAUACUCACUCGAAUAGUGAAUUAAAGAUCAAUGAAAUUGAAAGGCAGCUCGAUGAAGAAGAUCAGAUAUUAAAAGAAAAAUCAAUGGGUACAGAAUAUAAAAGAAAUAUAGCUCCUGUCAUGUCCAAGGUUAAAUUUUCAAAAAAUGAUUUUUUAGAACAUUUUGAUUCGAGUUCAUCUGAAGAAGAUGAAGAAGGCGUAGUAAAACUGUCUUCAACAGAACCUGAAACGGCGGCAAUGAAUCUGGAAAAUUCUCUACCUCAAUUUUCAAAGGAGUCUAAAUUUAUUGGUUUAAGCAAUUAUGAGAAUAUUUUAAAGAAGGAUAUAAACAAGCAAAAUUGUAUCGAGUUUUCUGAUAGUGAAGAUGAAACAGAAGUAACAUCCAAAGUGUCUCGUGCAUCUAAGGCUACGAUUUUAAGCAUUAAAGCAAAUUUAUCACGUCAUAAACCGGCUCAAAGUUCAAUAAAUAACAAAAAUGCUUUGGGGAACUUAUUUAGCGAUUUGAAGAAAGCUACAAAAGCUCAAAUUCUUGAUCAUAAAAAGGAAAUUAUGGAACAGAAGGGUUAUAAAAUGGAAGAAAUAGAAAAGGAGAAAGAAAUUGUAGAAAAUUUACUUGAACAAGAGAUUGAAAGAAACCGAAAGAUCAGAAUACGUGAGAAACAGAAAGAGGAAUUGAAAAAAAGGAAACAGAGAAUUGAGAAUGGUGAUCAAGAGGAAGAUUUUGCAAUUAGUGCCAAUGAACUAUCUGAUUCUGAAGUCCCAGAAAGCGACAAUGAUGGAGAAGUAAUGUCUUCAAAUGAAGAAGCGAGCGACAGUGAUGAUGAAUUGAGAACUCAGCUAGAUGCUUCAACUGGAAUUGAAAAAGAAACCGAACAAGAUGCCAGUAGAGAUAGUGAGAAAGAUAGUGAAAGAGAUAUUGAUGAGGAAAAUAUUUUAAAUAUCAAAAAUAGAAAAUCGAAAAAGAUUCAUGUAGUAAGUGAGUCAGAUUCAGAUUCAGAUUCAGGAGAAAAUUCUGUCCAGGUGGAAGCAAACCACCAACCUAGCUUAAAUACUAUUAAUUUGGGUCAUUAUGGUGAUAAUUUAUCCCAAGAAAAUAACAAUGAAAGAAAUAAUAUCGAUUCUGAUGAGUCAGAAGAUGAAGAAUUAUACAAGGAGAUGGUUAAAAAGGAAAUUGACAGGAGGAGAGAUCAAGAGAGGAAACAAAGGCAAAAACUUCGUGAGCUAAAGGACAAGGGAAUAACUGAUAUGUUUGAAGUGGAGGCUGAAGAAUCAGAAGAUGAAUGGCAUGGUAUUGGUGGUGUUGAUGGAGAGUUAUCUGAUGAAUACGACUCAGAAGUUGAAAAGAUGAUCGAUGAUUAUAGUAAAGAGAAUUUUAACGCUGGUGAAAUUCGUGAAAAGUUGGCCGCAGAGAACAAGGACAUGGAUCUGAAAAUGGUUAAUAGGAUAUUAAAUGACAUAAAAAAUGGUGGUUUUAGGAAGAGAAGAAAUGCUCUAGAAAUUGAACUGAGUGAUGAUGAAGAUGAUGAUUUGAAGGCAUAUAGAGCUAAAAGAAGGCAAUUAAUGAAAGAAAAACGCCUUGAAACUGAUCAUAACAAAAAGCUUAUGACAAAUAAAAAGUCACACGCAUUUUUAGAAUCCAUGGUUGAUGAUAUAGUAGAAGUGAAGAAUCCAUUCGACGAAAGAGACGAUAAUAUUAUGGAUGAUACCCCAGAGACAGAUGCAGAAGGAGAUGUAAAUUCUAAUGAACUGUUAAAUAAGAAGAAAAAGUUUAUUCUUUCAGAAGCAUUCGUGCAAAAAAGCCUUUCCUUCCUAAGCAGCAGCAGAAACUUAGAGGAAUUCGAAAUGAAUAACAACCUAGCUAAGGAACAGCACAGUCAUGCUGCAACUGAUAUGUUUGCCCUGAAAAGCCAUUGUUCUAUUAAAUCUCUAGAAUCAUUACCAGGUUCCCACAACAAUUCAAUUUCCUCAAAGUUGGAUUUAUUACAUGAAGAAAUAGUAAGCACACCGUUCAGUGGAUUAAAACAAACUUCAGUUAUCAAAUCUUUCAGUUCCAGCAUUGACAUAGAUUCUAAAUUUAAAGACGGGAAUAAGACUGUUAAAGUUUCAAAAUCAUACAGGACUGUUGGCAGUGCUAAGGCCUCUAUCACAUACUUAGGAAAAGCAAGAAAACUAGUUCCUCCAAAGAAAAAGGAACAUAAGCCACAUUCACAUAAAUCAAAAACUGCAUCUGCAUCUAGAUUAUUUGACGAACAAGAUAAUAGUUUUGAACAAUAA